AUGGCACAGGUCAAUGGAACGUGCGACAGCGCAUUCUCAUCCGUGCGCGAUAUCCUGCAGCAGAACAUUUCCUCCGACAAAGAGCUUGGCGCCUCCAUCUGCAUCAGUGUCAAGGGAAAGACCGUCGUGGAUAUCUGGGGCGGCUAUGCGGACGCAGCACGUUCAAAGCCAUGGGCCGAGAAUACGAUUGUAUCGGUCUGGUCAAUGACCAAGACAGUCAUGGGUCUGGCUAUGCUGCUUCUGAUCGAUCGCGGCCUGGUCGAUCCAGAUGCCCCGGUUGCUAAAUACUGGCCGGAGUUCGGUGUGAAUGGUAAAGAGGGUGUAUUGGUUCGACAUUUGAUGAGCCACACUGCUGGCCUGCCAUCUUUCGAUCCUCCAAUCGACCAGGAUACCCUGCUCAACGUGCCUAAGGCGACUGAGAACCUAGUUCAACAGAAACCCUGGUGGACACCGGGCACGGGACACGGAUAUCACCUUGCCUCUCAGGGACAUCUCAUUGGGGAGUUAGUCCACCGUGUAACGGGGAAAACACUGGGCGAGUUUGUUCACGAUGAGCUUACUGUUCCCCGUAAUGCCGACUUCCACCUCCCCGUGGCGGAAGAAGAAUGGGAUCGUAUCGCAGAAAUGGUUCCUGCACCGACGAACAUGGACAUCUCCGCGCUAGACCCUAACAGUAUCAUGUAUCGCGCUGUGACCGGUGGUCCCGGUAAUCCAAACAUGCCCAAAGAGCCUGCCUUCCGUCGCAGUGGUCUUGGGUCCAUCGGUGGCUUUACCAACGCACGCGGCGCCAACGACAUUUUAUCCAUUGUCACGCAGAAUGGCACUGUGGACGGGAAACGCUUCUUGAGUCCUGAGACGAUUGAUAAAAUCUUCGAGGUACAGGCCAGUGGCCCGGACCAGGUUAUCGGAUUGGGUAUCGAGUGGGGACUUGGUUUCGGCAUUGGCAUGCUAGGUACCUUGGACUGGCUGCCAUCUGGAAAGUUGGCCUUCUGGGGAGGAUGGGGAGGUUCAUUUGCGCUUAUGGAUCUUGAUCGUCAAGUGACUUUUACUUAUGCGAUGAAUAAGAUGGGCAUGAGUAUCCUUGGUAAUGAGCGGACGGGGGAUUAUGUACGGGCUGCUUAUGCGGCGUUGGAAGGGUAUAACGCGUGA